AUGGCGCCACCCAUAACAAAUCACCCUAAACUGGCUAAAGAGGAAGAUGAUAAUAUUUGGUCAUCAGUAUUGUGUGACGUACACACAAGUUCUUCCAGCAAAUUUCCUAAUGGGAAGUCACUGAUAGUGUUAGGUAACAAUGAGACUGGAAAGACGACUCUUAUCGCCAGGCUGGAGGCAAACGAAGUAUCGAGGAAGGGUGCCGGUCUAGAGUACCAUGUCAUCGAUGUACAGGAUGAGUACGGUGAUGACACGGCUAGACUGGGCGUGUGGCUGCUGGACGGGAACCCGCAGCACACGAACCUGUUCCGGUACAUGCUCACAAAGGAGAACCUUGGCGACACCCUGGUUCUGCUCACGGCCAGCAUGGCCCAGCCUUGGGCCAUCAUGGACACGCUGGACACGUGGUGCAGCCUCUUGCAGCACCACAUCAACGGGAUGGGCCUGGACAACAGCAGGCUGCGAGAGUGCAGGCAGAAACUAACGAAGACCUUUCAAGAGUACGUGGAACCGGACGACAGGGAGGCUGACAUCAUGACGGCGUCGCUGCGGCAGCGGACGACGCUGUCCCCCCUCGCAGAUGACGACACGCUUCCCCUGGGCGACGGAGUGCUAACCCUGAACCUCGGCGUUCCAGUGUUGAUUGUCGUGACAAAGAGUGACGCCAUGUUGGAGUUGGAGAGAGAGAGCGACUACAGGGACGAACACUUUGACUACAUACAGCAACAAGUGCGCAACUUUGCCCUCAGCUUGGGCGCCGGCAUCGUGUACGUGUCGGUGAAGGAGAACAAGAACUGUGAGCUGCUGUACAAGUACCUGCUGCACAGGAUUUACGACGUGCCCUUCGACCUGACGGCCAACGUCGUCGAGCGAGACGGCAUCUUCAUCCCGUGCGGCUGGGACAACGAGAAGAAGAUUGCGAUUCUCACGGAGAACUUCACGACCCUGCAGGCAGAUGGCAACUACUGUGAGGUCAUCCCCAAGCCGCUCGUCAGGAGGGUGAGUGCAGGGGGCGCCGCCGUAGCAGUGCUCGAGCGUCAGAGCUUUGCUGUCGCCGUGGACGUUAGCAAAGCCGUGUCGGGGCCGGGCAGUGAGACGGUGCUCGCCAACUUCUUCAACAGCCUACUGACGAAGAAACAGGGUCCGGCGGGAGCCACGGAGCCGGGCGCGUCUGUCGAGUCGGAUCAGCUGACACCGCAGGAGAGAAGGUCGGCCGUCCUCGCGUCAACCCCGAAAAAAUCCUCCAACCAGUGA